AUCCAAGACCUGUUAUCGUAAAUCUGAUUAGUUCGUCCAUAAGUUGUGCUCUCGACGUUUUCUCAGAUAUUUAUGUGAAUGUGGCUUUUUAAUCGACUCAUUGUGGUUUAUACAAUGCAUCUAAUAUUGCAAGAGUAUUAGACCUAUGUACUCUCUCCAAGUGCGUGUAUGUAAUGCGUAUAUAUUUCUCUUAUUUUAUCCCUCUAAGGCUGCGUGAAGCGUGGGGAAUGUGUUGCUGCUUUACUUUCCUAAUGUCCAUCUUAAUCACCAUGCUGUUCAAAACCGAAUUGUAGAACAACCUUCUGAUGAUCCCCAACAAAAAACCCACUAGCUUCGAUAAUUAAGGUUAAAAUCCUGUGAUGCAUUCUUGUUGUUUCUGGAUUUUCAGAUUGUGAAAGUAAAUAUAAUCGUGGAGUUCUUUCUUAUCAAAUGUAUCAGGAUUACCAGCGAAUUUUCAGUUUUUUAUUUCUAGUCUCACUUGAUUCUGCAAAAUGGAGGUGGUUCAGCGCCACUCUGUACACACACUUGUUUUCCGCUCUCUCAAAAGAACACAUGAUAUGUUUGAAGCUGAUCAAAGUCGUCUUCCGGAAGUCGAUGAGAAAAGUAAUUCAUUAAAAGUCGCCAUCAAAGCAAAAGAUCAGUAUGGACCUGUACUUAAGGAGCCUGGUCACAAUCCACUAAGGCCUAAAGAAAAUGUCUCUGACACGUCACAACCGGGAGCUAUUGUCGCAUCUGAAAAGGUCAAACCAAAGUCUGCACUUGAACAAAACGCUUCUAUAGUUCAAAUAGGUAAUGAAAAAUUACUACUUCCAAAGAAAGCUCCGACUAUGCCCAAGCCCACAUGGCAUCCACCAUGGAAACUAUGUCGAGUUGUUAGCGGUCACACAGGAUGGGUGCGCUGUGUGGCUUUUGAUCCUACUAAUGAUUUCUUUGUUACUGGCGCGGCAGAUCGGAUGAUCAAGGUUUGGGACUUUGCUAGUGGGACAUUAAAACUGACACUGACAGGUCACAUAAGUACUGUUAGAGGUGUCGUUGUCAGUGCUCGUCAUCCUUACUUAUUUUCAUGUGGAGAAGAUAAAACAGUUCGUUGUUGGGAUUUGGAGCAAAAUAAGGUUAUUCGUCAUUACCAUGGUCAUAUGUCUGCUGUUUACGAUAUUGAUAUCCAUCCAACAAUCGAUGUCGUCCUUACUUGUGGUCGGGAUGCAACUGCACGAGUAUGGGACAUGCGGACCAAAGUCAAUGUUCAUACUCUAACAGGACAUUCGAACACGGUAGCGACAGUACGUUGUCAAGAAUCUGAUCCUCAAGUGAUUACUGGAUCACAUGAUGCAACUGUCCGCCUUUGGGACUUGGCAGCAGGACGUACCAUAGCCUGUUUGACAAAUCACAAGAAAUCUGUCCGCGCUGUAUGUAUCCAUCCAACUCAGAAUGCAUUUGUUUCUGGAUCACCGGAUAAUAUAAAACAAUGGAAACUCCCCAAUGGUGUCUUUCUUCAGAAUCUAUCUGGACAUAAUGCUAUCAUUAAUGCCAUCACUGUUAACCAAGAUAAUGUGGUCGUCAGUGGAGGCGAUAAUGGCAGUGUUCACUUUUGGGAUUGGAAAUCUGGGUAUAACUUUCAGCGUCUUCAAGCUCAAGUUCAGCCUGGCAGUAUUGAUUCUGAAGCUGGGAUAUUUGCUUUAGCAUUUGAUCGUAGUGGAUCUCGCUUGGUGUCCUGUGAAGCAGACAAAUCAAUAAAGAUCUUCAAAGAAGAUGAAUCAGCGACGGAAGAAACACACCCACUGUACUGGCGCCCGGGCUUGCUCAAAAAAUCGAAAUACUAAUUUACCUAAUCCACUUAACAUCUCUACAACAAUAUGUAUAGUAUGUUCCUAUUAAAGAAUUUAUCUUACUAAAUACAAUCGAUUUACAUGUUUGAUUAUCUUAGCGGUCCGGUUUAGUGGAUUUAUUUAAGACCAUAAACCGUUAUGGACACCAACUAGUAGCUUUCAAAUUCAAAGUCACGUAUAAGCACCAAAAAAACCAUUACUCUAAACGAGCUUCACCAUAAUUAAUUCCACAUUUACAUGUGUUGAAUUAUUCGACCCUAUUUCUCAGCGACUGACAUCUGUGCCUAAUUUAUUUCUGAAAAAUGAUAGAAUUAGUAGAAGAAAGAUAUUUUUAGAAUAAAAUCUGUCAGUGUUUCUCUCAUAAAGAAAUAUACGUCCUAUGUAAGUAAUAAAAUAAUAAAUAGGGAUUACUGCGUCAGUUUUAUCUUCUUACAAGGUAAUUGAUCUUCUACACAACUAGCUUCGUCUGUAGUUUGUUUAUUUACAGUAGGUUUAACAACGAUAGAAGAUACAUUUGGCAUAGACAAAAGUUUAAGCAGUGCAGCUGCACCAUGUACUGUUUUGCUUCGUAUAAGACCAUGAGUCACUACUGCAAAAGGCGCCUUGGUAAGACAAGAGUGAGUUGCCUCCUGAGGUUGCAGACCUAGACAACCAAGCAUUGCAGAUACAGCCACUGGUCGACGGACUUCCCACCCGCUUGACGCCCCGGAACUGACGACUAUCAUAUUUGUAAAUGACUUCCGUGCUAUGCAGAGUAAGCUGCUGAAAUACUGUGAUAAGACUGUACGUGCGCCAUAGGUUCCAGAGGAAGAGCGAAGUACUGGAGCAAGCUGGAAUUCUAAGUGGAUACCUCGUGACAUCAUCAAAUUGCAUUGUUUACUUAACAGUCGAAUUUCACUUGAUUUUGUAAGGUCUAAAGAUAUAAGGUCAAUGUUCACAGCCUUUUCACAUGCAUAUGCAAAAGCGCUAUUGGAAGUAGGACAGAAACUCACAACAUCGAAGGCACCAAGUUUAUCCUCAAAUUGACGGAAGAAUAAACCGGCAUUUUCAGCAUUAUUGCAAUAUAUAGUCAAACGUGUGAAUAUUCGUGGUUUACAUGAUAUAGCAGAAGGCGACACGGAAGCUCUGAACAUACUACUUUCAUUAAUAUAAGCUUGAAGAACAUCUGGAGAAGGGGGUUCUAACUUAGCAGUGAGGUUCUGACGCAUAGCUUGUCUUUCUUCUUUGUUUUUCUUCCUAGUAGUGGAAUCUGAUUUAACUUCGAAAUUGAAGUCAUCUACUGAUACAGACUGACUGACCGCCACAUAGUAAUAUCCACAAUCAACCAAGCGUGCAAGGAGGUGCGCGUUCAUUGCUUCAAAAGGAAUAUCAAGAUCGAAGUAAUUCCCUUCCAUUUCAUAACAUAUCAGAAUAAAUUUAUUGAGAUUUAAGCCCAAUUAUUUGAAAGUUCUGCUUCUCAACACAAAACCUAGAUUAGAAAUAAGAAACAUGUUAGCCUGAAGUGUAAUGUGUCAGAAAUAAAAGACGAAUCAUGUGUAGUAUAUGUAUGAAGGUGGAGAUAUUGAAAGAAAAUAGCGAAAUAAAAGGAACACAGUAAGUGUUACAUCUUAGUGAAGAUUAAAUUACGGGUAACUUCUGAGAACUAUUAGUAGAUCAACAUUAUAUAUAUUCUUCUUGUAUAACUACUCAGUAAAUAGAUUAUGUAUAUCUAUACUCCCCUUAUUACAAGCUUUAUUUUAACCU